AUGGCGCGUAGGUGCUGCAUGCUUAUUGUUUCAUGUUUCGUCUUUGAGUUGCAUGCUUCGUAUUUCAUAAGUACCAUGAAGCAUAUGAGCUACAAGAGAUUACAGGGCACGAAGGCUGUGCUGCAAGCUUCGUAUAUUGACCACUCACGCACGCUAUCAACCAAACUCAGAAUGAAGAGGCCCGUUGUUGCUACUGUUGUGACGGUUCUGCUCAGCGUGGCUGCAGCUCGUGUGGCACCAUCAGGUCAUGUACGGCAUGCUCUGCGUGACGAGCAUUUAGACAGCCUUUGGACAAAGGAGAACCGCAUUGAAGGAGAUACCAUAGUUCCGGUUUGA